AAAUUACUUAAAAUAUUAUAGAUAAACAUUCGAGUAUAGAUGAUAUUAAUGUUAGUCCAUUACAAGUAUCCAAUACAAUUACAAAUGAAUUUCAAAAUUUGAGCUCAAGCUUUAAGAGUACUCCUAAAGAAAAUAUUGAAUCCUUUACUGCCAGAUUUACUAGUCCAGCCUAUUCUAGUUAUGAACAAAAUAAUUCAGAUUCAAUGAGUUAUCCUAAAGAAACUCAUUCUACAAUUGAACCAUAUGAUGAUAUUUUAUUGACGCCAGCUGAGUAUACAUCUUUAAAUAAUGUAUUCCAAGAAAAUUCUGUUAAUAAAGAAGGUGGCAUUAAUGAAAUAGCUGAAUUUAUAUGCAACUCUGGUGAUGAAUGCAAUUUUAUGAUUGACAAUGAUGUAAUUAAAAAUGUUGAAAAUUCAACUAGUUGUAGUUUAACUGAAAGUGUAAACAUAAAUGAUAACUAUUGUUGCAAAAAUUUGUUAGCCAUUAAAUCAUUGAUAGAAAAAAAUGAAAAGACAACAAAAUCUAUGUUAAAACAGAUCUUGAUACAAUUACACAUGACAAAUACCUCAAACACUAAAAUAGUGAAUGCCAUAAAAAAUUUGGACCAAAAAGUACAAAUUAUUAUGAAAUUGGAUUCUAGAAUGAAAUCUUUAGCUCUACCUAUUCCCACAUUACCCACUGCUUUCAUUAAUUUACUACCGGCAAAAUCCAUUGAAGAAGUAGAUUUACUAGAAUCUCUUUUAUCAGAUGAGGCUGAUGGGUUAAAGAAUCAAGAAGAAUUAAAAACUUAUGUUUAUAUGAAAGUUGGAAGUAUUAAUUCCUUUAGUGCAGCAAUACGACAAGCAAUUGACACAUGCUUCAUUUAUAAAAUAUUAUCUGCCUUCACUCAUAAAGGGAAAACAAAACGAAGUUUUGUUAAUUUAAAAUUAUUCUCCAUCAUUUAUGAAGCUUUGUCUGGUUUUCGAACUGAUCCACAGAAAGAAAUUACAUUCCACAAUGUUACAGACAAUUACAUUAGACAUUCUGGCUUUCUAGUCUCAAAAGAAAUAUCAUCUUCAGUGUUGUAAUUAUUAUUAAGAAAAUAAUUACCUUUAUGAAUCGUAUAAAAAAGU